AUGUCGCAAGUAAACCCAAGCCCGAAUUCUCUGUUGAGUAUGGAAACUCUAUUGCGCAUGUUCAUGGGGCACUUCUGCUACCUCAAAAAAUACUCGAAUCUCCGCGAUACUCGUUUCGUGGUGGUAGGGGAUCUCGCUGAGUUACCCUACGAGCUCUACCAUGCACAUCGAUAUCAGGACCACAAUGUCGAAACUAGUGGCACAAUUGUUCUGUUGAUUGAGUAUGAAGAACGUAUCGAGUCAAUUAAGAAUGCUCUGAAAGAAAGAUGGCCGGAUUUCUUCCAUUUGAUUGACAGUCAAUUAUAUUACGACUCUCUCUUGAGAGGAUUCAUCAUGGCCCCCGUACACUUGAUUCCCCUGGACCGACUGGGCCUUGGCCAGAACUUCGACAGGGAGUGUGGGCUGACGAAAAUUGCCGAGGUUGGCAAUGAUGCCCCGCGAAUUCCGUGGAAGGCCAUCACGGAGCAACUACGUACGGCAGUCGGCAGGUACGGGGUGACCUGGAGCGCGGAGCGCAUCAUGGCGGCGCUUCAGGCGUCGAAGCCUCUUCCUGAACCCCAGGGAAGCCAAAGGCAGGAGUCAGGACUAGAUGAGAUCCGUAGGUUGGAUAAUCCGGAGGAUUCGAGUUUUGUGGCAGGGUUUUGUUUUGUGGCAGGACUUUGCUUGUGCCUCCCGUGGAUCGCGGGGCUGUGGCCGUGA